ACAAGUCUUACAAGUGGCCUUAUUCCAACUCCAGAAAUUCCUCAACCGGAUUCUUGCUUUAUAUACAGUCCCGAAGUGACAGGAAACAUGCCGACUCAGUCCCUCUUAGUGUAUAUGGACGGACCGGAAGUUAUCGGCAAUUCUCUUGGCAGCCAAAUGGAGCUAGAUGAUGCCGUGUCAAUAAAAGGCGCCACUGCUGUUCCUUUCAGAGCCACGCAAGAGAAAAGCAUCAUCCAGAUGGAAGGGUACACGCCCUUGGACUGCAUGUUCUGCAGUCAGACCUUCACCCAUUCUGAAGACCUCAAUAAGCACGUCUUAAUGCAACACCGCCCCACGCUCUGUGAGCCCGCGGUCCUGCGGGUGGAGGCAGAGUAUCUCAGUCCUCUUGAUAAAAGCCAGGUGAGAACAGACCCUCCCAAGGACAAGAACGGCAAAGAAAAUGAAGAAUUCAGCUGUGAAGUGUGCGGGCAGACAUUUAGAGUCGCUUUCGACGUCGAGAUCCACAUGAAGAAGCACAAGGAUUCCUUCACGUAUGGGUGCAGUGUGUGCGGACGGAGGUUCAAGGAGCCCUGGUUUCUCAAGAACCACAUGCGGACACACAACGGCAAGUCGGGGGCCAAGGGCAAGCUGCAGCAGGGCUCGGAGAGCCCGGUCACAAUCAACGAGGUGGUCCAGGAGCACGCCGCCGAGAGCAUCGCCUCUCCUUACAAAAUCUGCAUGGUUUGUGGCUUCCUAUUUCCAAAUAAAGAAAGUCUAAUUGAUCACAGGAAGAUGCACACCAAAGACACGGCUUCCGGUAGCAGCGGUCCCCAAACAGACUCUCAGCAGGAGGGGAUGCCGGCCCCCGGAGAGGAGUUCCUGCAGUUCUUGAACCUAAGACCCAGAGCCCCCCCGGAAAGCGGGAAGCCGCCCGCCAGAUGGAUACCUCAGCUCGACCCGUUCACCACCUACCAGGCCUGGCAGCUGGCCACCAAGGGCAAGGUCGCCGUCUGCCGAGAAGUGAAGGAGCAGCCGGGGCAGGAAGGGAGCACCGACAACGACGAUUCGGACAAGGAAGAGCUCGGAGAGAUUUGGAACGUGAAUAAAAGUCAUCCCGAAGGCCUCUCCCAAGACAAGGAGAAGCCCAGACACGCCAACGGCGAAGUGCCUUCCGGGGACGCGGACCCCAAGUUGUCCAGCAACAAGGAGAAGCCCACGCACUGCGCAGAGUGUGGCAAGGCGUUCAGGACCUACCACCAGCUGGUCCUGCACUCGAGGGUCCACAAGAAGGACAGGAGGAUGGACGCCGAGUCGCCGACCAUGUCAGUAGACGGGAGGCAGCCCAGGACAUGCUCUCCAGACCUGCCCGCCACGCUGGAUGAAAAUGGAGCCAUCGAUCGAGAAGCUGGUUCUGAAGAUGGAUCUGAGGACGGACUGCCCGAGGGGUUCCAUCUGGAUAAAAAUGAUGAUGGAGGCAAAAUAAAGCAUCUUACAUCCUCAAGAGAAUGUAGUUAUUGUGGAAAGUUUUUCCGUUCAAAUUAUUACCUCAAUAUUCAUCUCAGAACGCAUACAGGUGAAAAACCAUACAAAUGUGAAUUUUGUGACUAUGCUGCAGCCCAAAAGACCUCUCUGCGGUAUCACUUGGAGAGACAUCACAAAGACAAGCAGGUCGACGUUGCCAACGAAGUCAAGAGCGAUGGGAAAAACCAGGAGACCGAAGAUGCACUACUGCCCGCCGACAGUGCGCAAACCAAAAAUUUGAAAAGAUUUUUUGAUGGUGCCAAAGAUGUUAAAGGCAGCCCACCCGCAAAGCAACUUAAGGGGAUGGCCCCUGCCUUUCAGAAUGUUCUGUGCGGCGCUGUCCUCUCUCAAGUACACAGAGAUACUCAGGAUUUCAAAAAAAAUGCAACCGAAGACAGUGCUGAUAAAAUGAGCACAAAUCUGGCCUCUGCUUAUUUGGACGCGUUAAAGAAGCGAGCGGCGGUGGAACCUCAGGCCAGUCACCUCACCUGUAGAACGGAAGCCGGCGCCACUCCCCCGGCGGGCGCCACUCCCCACGCGGAGGGCGGUGCCGCCCACGGGGCCGAAGUCGGCCGCAGAGAGAAGGUAGAGGUGGCCGCCGACUGCAAGUUCAAGCCAGGCCUGGACUGUCAAGAGAAGCCUUUAAACUUGUCCGUCGGGGCCCCUCACAGUUGCCCCGCAAUUUCUUUGAGUAAAAGUUUAAUCCCAAGUAUCACUUGCCCAUUUUGUACCUUCAAGACGUUUUAUCCAGAAGUUUUAAUGAUGCACCAGAGACUGGAGCAUAAGUACAAUCCAGACAUUCACAAGAACUGCAGAAACAAGGCUUGGCUCAGAAGCAGGCGCACUGGGUGCCCGCCGGCCCUGCUGGGGAAGGACGUGACUCCGCUGUCCGGCUUCCCCAAGCCCAAGGCCAGGCCGGCUCCGGCCGCCCCGUCCAAGACGCUGCCAUCGGAGAGGGGCAAGCCGGGCCCCCCGGGGCCAGGCAAAUCCGCUCCGACCCCAGGGACUGACCCUAGCACUUUAGCCCCCAGCAACCUGAAGUCGCACCGGCCGCCGCCGCCGGGCGUCGGGGCGCAGGGGGCUCAGGCCACCAGGCCACCCACUUGGAGUGGACGUGAGUCAGAACUUGGGGAAUUUCGAAAAUUGACUUUUAACAACCCACCGACAUCUUACCUAAUGAUUGGAAUUCUAAAGCCUUUUUAUUUACACUUUUUCUCUCAACCAGGAAAAAGGCCUGUGUCAUAUCAACACUUAUCUAGCAACAUGCUGCAAAAGAGAAACUAUGAGAAUUUUAUUGGGAACGCACAUUAUCGACCAAAUGACAAAAAAACUUGACUUCCUAUUUUGGGGAAGAAAGGUCUUGAUGGAUGUGUGUACUCCGUGAAAUUUAGUUCAUCCUUUGAAAAAACGAAUGGUGAAAGCUACUGAAAUAAGCUGUGAUUGUACUGUACAUUAUAACAUAAGGAACACUACAGUUUUGUAAAGUUCUGUUAACUUUUGUAUCAAAUAGCAAUAAAAAAACUAUAGUUGGAACAGUUGGGUUAUAAACAAAUGGAGACUGGAAAUCUCUAUUUUGUCCCUGAAUAAUAUUUUUUUUAGAAUUGACCAAAUAAGAAGUGGAUUUUUUUUUGCAUACUUGAGCGCUGCUGAAAAAAAAUCAUUUGGGUUGGGGGGCGGGGUGGGGAAAAAGUAUAUAAUGCUUGCACCUCAGGUAAAAAUCUGUAAAUAUAUAAGUGGUAAACCUGCUUGUUUAAAUGCCACGUGUAUUCUUUUCCUCUCAUGCAGCUCAUCACUUUGAGCAGUUUCUAUUUGUGCUUUCAUUUAAAAAGUACGUUUUUAAAAAUUUUUUCUCAAUGAUUUGUAUUAUGUUAAAUUGUCCGCAGUCUGUUGUUGUCUUAAAGUUGUUAAUGGAAGUAUCGACUCUAUGAAUAUGUGCUGCGUACAUUGAGGUCAGCCAUUCAGAAUUCGGUGCCCUGUUAUUACAAGUCUCAGUGUGUCGGCUGAGGAGGCGCCCAGGGCCAUGGCCCUCUGCCGAGGGCUGGUUCGUGGGACUUUUACGUGCGUGUGUCCACAGAGAAGCAUUUCCUCUGUGGAGCAGCCAGCUAUCCAGUAAACAUACCAAGUCGUAUGUGAAGUUACUCAAUUUCCUACCAAAUUAAUCAUUUUUGUUGGUAAAUUCAGUUUUUUUUGGGGCGUGUGUUCGCCUAAACUAGUAGAUAAAAAUAUGAAUGCUAAAUUAUACAUGUGAAUUACAUACAUUGGAAGCAAUUUUAAAGGAAAAUGAAAGUUUCGGGGUAGAUUUUAGGUUUGUAUUUGGAAGUGUUGGUGUGUCUGCAUCUGAGUUGCUAGUGGACAUGCUCAGGUGAGACACGUUGAUUCUGAACAAGGAGCUGCUGGCCGAGCGAGCCUUCUGGUGACUGGGGAAGAGGUAAUCUGUUUCGAGACCUCAUCUGUCUUCCCAGUUUUGUUUGUUUUGAAGCGUUUUCUCAGUACACUUUCAAUUUGGGUUUUGAAGUGAGGAUAGCCACCACUUGGCUUACUAGCUGUUUUAAACUUUUGUUCCCUGAAUUUGCUGUCCACGGCUGAGUUUCUUCAAUAGACUCUAGGUUUAGCAACCACAAAACAUUUUAUUAAGACAACUGUUUCAAAAAUAAAUUUGCACUGUUAAUUUUUCUUGUCUCGCCCUUCUCUAGUAGAGCAAGGGUCGAGUCCUAAAAGAACCCUGAUCUUUUGUUUUGUUUUCUGUUUUCAUUAUGCAACGUGAAGCAUACUUGACGGAGAAGUCUUAACCUCCCGCGUGAGAGGGAGGCCUAAUUUUGAGAUCGGUCUGCUGGCAUCGCAAUGAAGUGCUUUGUAUCAGGAAAUUGUACACUAUUAACCUUUUUUCCUGUUCACAAGCUGAGCCAUAUGUACAUAAUCUAGAUCUUUUGUUUUCAUAGUUUUGCACUUUUAUAGCAUAUUUUUGAAGAUGAACACAUUUGCAAGAUGAUUGGCUUGAUCGUUGCCUGAUCCGAUGAGUGUUACAGAAAGCUUGCUCUGACUAUAAACGUAAAUCUUAAAAGGGGAUACGUGAUAAUAGAGGGCUGAAAUUUAAACUCGUGUUUAAAAAAAAAAAAAAUCACCAAAUCUAUUUGAAAAUAAGUCAGUUCGUGUUACGCUGAAAUUUUGGGGGCUUUCAUAUUUCUCCUUUCUAACCACAUUACUGAAUGCAUAAAAGUAACCAGGUUUUUUUUUGUUUUUUGUUUUUUUUUUUACAGCCCUUGUACUUCAGAAUGUUUUUCCUUUUUGUCCAUCAGUAUUAACUAUUGGGAUACUACUGGUUUUAUAUGUUUUUUUUUUCUUUGAGACAACAGUACAUAUAAUAGAGGUACAAUCUGUUGGAUUUUUGUUUAUGUAUUUAUUUCAUUCCAGUUUGAUUUAUUUUAAUUGUUGAUACUUAAGUUGUCAAACAGUAGACAUUACUUGUUUUAUUUAUGAUAUAUUUCAGCUUAAAGUUAUGUUAUUAUAUGUGGAUGUAAAUAUAGAUUUGGUGUUUUGCA